GAUUCAAGCGGCUGCAGGCGCGACCGAGAGACAGGCCGUAGCGAUGCCUGCGCGCAGCCGCCACCGCCCCCGCCUCCACUUCGGCUUUUCUCCACGGGAUCCGCCCCCGCCGCUCGAGGCGCUUCACUCCAGCGAGGCCCGGAGGGCCCGGGACUCCGACCACGGCUCAGACGCCGACUCGGAGUUGGGUCGGGGGAGCCCGACUCGGACCGCAGAGAUGUGCUGCCUCAAACUCUACUGCUCAGAAGUGGGACAUAACAAAAUCACUGCUGGAGUUUCAAAAAUGGCAGUGGAGGAGGAAAUGGCUGUUCCUAAUCACCUCUGCAUUCGCCGCUGGACUACCAAGCAUGUAGCUGUUUGGCUAAAGGAUGAAGGCUUUUUUGAAUAUGUGGACAUUUUAUGUAAUAAGCACCGACUGGAUGGAAUCACAUUGCUAACAUUGACUGAAUAUGAUCUCCGGUCUCCUCCUCUGGAAAUCAAAAUCUUAGGGGACAUUAAAAGGUUAAUGCUUUCAGUCCGAAAAUUGCAGAAAAUACAUAUUGAUGUUUUAGAAGAAAUGGGAUACAACAGUGACAGUCCCAUGGGUUCCAUGACCUCUUUAAUCAGUGCUCUCCACAGCACAGAGUGGCUCUGUAAUGGGGAGCCUUCACAUGACUGUGAUGGACCCAUCACUGACUUGAAUUCUGAUCAGUACCAGUACAUGAAUGGUAAAAACAAACAUUCUAUUCGAAGAUUGGACCCAGAGUACUGGAAGACCAUAUUGAGUUGUAUAUAUGUUUUUAUAGUAUUUGGGUUUACAUCUUUCAUUAUGGUUAUAGUCCACGAGCGAGUGCCUGAUAUGCAGACCUACCCACCACUCCCAGAUAUAUUCUUAGACAGUGUUCCUAGAAUCCCAUGGGCCUUUGCCAUGACAGAAGUAUGUGGAAUGAUUUUGUGCUAUAUUUGGCUCCUGGUUCUUCUUCUUCACAAACACAGGUCAAUACUUCUUCGAAGGCUCUGUAGUCUGAUGGGUACUGUGUUCUUGCUUCGCUGUUUUACCAUGUUUGUGACCUCCCUCUCCGUGCCAGGACAGCACCUGCAGUGUACUGGAAAGAUAUAUGGCAGCGUAUGGGAGAAAUUGCACCGGGCCUUUGCCAUUUGGAGCGGCUUUGGUAUGACCCUAACUGGUGUUCACACUUGCGGAGAUUACAUGUUCAGUGGCCACACAGUCGUCCUAACUAUGCUGAAUUUCUUUGUCACUGAAUAUACACCAAGAAGCUGGAAUUUCUUGCACACUUUAUCCUGGGUUCUCAACCUCUUUGGAAUCUUCUUCAUUUUGGCUGCCCAUGAACAUUAUUCCAUUGAUGUGUUUAUCGCCUUUUAUAUCACGACAAGACUCUUUUUGUACUACCAUACUCUAGCCAAUACCAGAGCAUAUCAACAGAGUAGGAGAGCAAGAAUUUGGUUUCCUAUGUUUUCUUUUUUUGAAUGCAAUGUUAAUGGUACAGUACCUAAUGAAUAUUGUUGGCCAUUUUCAAAACCAGCAAUAAUGAAAAGAUUAAUUGGAUAAAGACUACCUUUGUAAUGGGUUCAUGAUUAAAUAUAUAGUAGUUGUUGAAAGUAAAUAACUUUGCUUUCUUCCCCUAGGUUGUUCCUGGAUGUCUUGCUGUUGGGCUUAUAUGUUGACAAAGUAAAGUUCCAUGUUCUGAGCAAGGCUGUGAUUACAGAAAUCAAGAAAGAACAAUCAAGAGUCCUAACAUAUCUGUUUGAAUAGGAAGCUUAAGUUUAAGUAGAUGUUUCCUUAUCCUCUUUCGGCAAACUUAAUGUUGUGAUUGAAGUUAGGCUGUUACCUGUUAAGUGCUAGCUUGUUGAACUUAAGCAAUUUGCUGGUUGAAAGUGGUUUUGUUUAUUUGUUUGUUUUUCAUUUCAUUAGGACUCUAGUCAAGAAAUAUUUUUUUAAGCUCCUUAAUAUCUUCAAAGGGAAAAAUCCCUACCAAGUGAGCAGUAUUUGUUCUUUGAACAGAUCUCUUUUUUAAAAAUACAACUCCAGAAAGUAAUCUGUAUUACUAACAAAUAAUUAUUGCCUUCUGAACCAUCUUUAAGAAAAGUAUAUGAAACAUACCAGGAUGCCUGAAAUAGGAAGAGAAGGAAAGAGACUAUACACAAGGCGAUAGUACAAAUAUGGUAGUGGAAUUUUUCACCAAAGAUACGACAAAAGAUGCAGUUCCUAUUUUGUUCUGAGGGCUCCGUAUGACCAUCAGUAAGUAUUUUUGAGGGAAAAGUGGCUGCAUCCAUAAAAAUCAAAUUGGCUUAAUUUUAGUGAGGUAGGUACCUGGAACAACUUUGUGCUAUAGUUGUUAGUUAGAUUUAUGACAGCCCAAUUUUAUGCUUUUAAUGAUGUUAUUUAAUGAGGAAAAUAGUGGAGUGUUUUACCAAAUGUUAGAUAAAGUUCUUAUGUCCUUAUGUAGGGAAGUAUGCAUGCAAAGAAUAUUUUUUCUAUUUCUGAAAAGAAACGUUUAACAGGUUGCAGACAUAAUAUAGUUCUUUGGUUUUUGAUAUUUGUCAUUCUUGGCCAUCAGAGGUAAACAGUCUCAAAUAUAUUUGGAUAUAAAAAGGUUUUGUUGUUUUCCAUUUUUAAAUACAAUUGUGUACAUACAUUCUUUCUAUUUUUUCUUAAUUUGGCAGUCAGGAAGUGAUAUAACUUAGUUAAGGUUUACACUAGAAAUUUAGUACCAUAAGUAAUCUGACCUCUGUGAUAGCAUUUGCCACUUUACUUUUCAUUAUUUUAAUAGUUUUGACUGUAGAAUGGUUAUGGAAUUAGAAUUUGAGCCCCAACUGAUUGAGCUUACCCACUUGGAAAAUUAAAUGUGUAGUUUUAACAUUCCAUUUUAAAACAAGAAGUUAGAAAGAAUGUUGACAUAUUGAGGUCUAAAAUUAGACCACUUAGCUGAAACCUGCUUGUCAUGUGGGUGAAAUGUUUUAUUUUUGCAAUUUGAGCCCUACUCCCACCCCUAUAUGAGCUACAGAGGAGCUUGAAUGGAUUGAGCAGGGAAGGAAUAUUAUGCAAACAAGUUUCAGCCAGUGCUGAAUUACCCAACUUGAGUCUACUCUGAACAUUUUUUUUAAUUUCUCACUGGAGAAAUGACACAAGGCAAUUCAAAUUUUUAUUAUGAUUUUAAAAUUUAAACUUAAGAAUCUUAUAGUAUCUUAAAUUAUUGGAUUCUUUUAUAUGCUAGGGACAAAAAUGCUAACAUUUCACUUAAGGAAACUGCAUAAUCAUGAAGGGUGAAGGAUGUUUCUUAUGCCACUUUAGAGUAUUUUGACUCUUGAGGUCAAAACAUGUGUAACUGCCAUUCUUUCCAAGUGACAGAACAAGCCUGUGUUUUAGCUAGGAAGGGACUAAUGUUGGCUUUUGGAAAAAUGUUUGAGAAAAAUCGGUGGCAACAUUAAUUCAAGAAUGUUAGAUAGCUACUUAAUGAUAAAUUUCCUAACAUCAGUCUUCUUUCCUUCAUAUGGAUUCUCUUCUAGAACAAAAUUUAAAAAAAUUGUAACUAACUUUGCAGCACUCUUGACAUUGAGUGCCUAACAGCAGACUACAGUGAGAAUUGUAAAAUACGUUUUCAGCCUUGCAUUUAUCAUAUCUGAUUUGAAGAAAAGGUAAGCUAGAUUUAUAAUUUAUAACUAAUACAAGGCAGUGUUUACAUAAAUUCAUCAUCUCCAAGUCUCUUUCUUGGAAAACUUUGUCACAAAAUUCUUUUCCACUUAUUUUUUUUAAUAUGAAAUCUAUAUUACAGUUGGUUAUUUGGUUUUAUUUUGUCCAGAAACUUUACAGAUUUUGUCUUUGUAUUUUUUCUUGUUAAAAUCUAAACCAUUGGAAAGGUGGUAUUUAUAUUCACAUUUUGGGUGUGAAUGUGGCUAAGUAGAGAAGCUACAUCUAUCUAUCUAUCUAUCUAUCUAUCUAUCUAUAUAUAUAUAUAUAUUUUUUUUUCCUGUGUCUUCAGUUGCAGGCUUGUGAAAGCUUAUAUCAUUAAAUACUGAAACUUCAGUAUAGAAGGAAUCAAGAAGGAUUUGGGGAUGCAAACUGGAGGUUAUAUUGAAAGUCCUCAAUGCAUUUCUCUAUAUUCCUGAGGACAGUGUAGCUUUUUUUCUUUUUAUUUAUUUAUUUUUUCUUUUUUUAAGUUCAUGCAGGGCAUUGUUACUGAAGGGUAAUUUGAAGUUCGUAGGGAGUAGGAGAUCUUGAAGAAGGCACAUUUACUUACUACUGAGUAAUUUGGGAGAAACCGUUUUUGGCUAUGUUGCAAAGUUCUCAAAUGCCUAUCCUCUCCACAGCUCUCUGUGGUCAGAAUUGCUGGGGUAAAAAUACAACUUUCAUAUCUGAUUAAGUAUAUAUUUUUUUAAUCAGAAAGCAAUGAAGGUAAUUUUAGAAUUAGCGAAAGAAAUAUGGACUGUUCACAGCAAAACACCCAUUGACUGAAAGACCUGCUGAUUGUGUAACUCUCUCUCACACAAGUGGCUCCUUCUUACCCCAAACCUGCCUGAGUGUUGUUACUUAGAAUUUCAAAAAUCUUACAAUUUGCAAAUGGAGAACUGAAAAGCCAAAUCCUUUUAUAGCUGAAAGGAAACAGUGUGUUUUAAAGACAUCUAUUUGGAAAGUAUUAUUUAUAUAUUCAAAGUCGUAUUCAUAACACUAACCUGCUUUGAGUGCAUUCAACAAAAGGCAAAUUCAUCAUUAGUUUUAUAGUAAACAUUUUUUAAGGAUUCUUGUUCUAAAAUGCUUGAGAAUGUUAACCAUAUUCUUGUUUUAAACUCUGUGAUCUAAUAAAUUUAAUUCCUUGAAGUCUUUUUGUAGACCUAAGUUAUCCCGUACAAAAAGUAAUUAUAGUAAUAGUUAUGUGUCAGUUCUUUAAGGUAUUCAGGCAUUUGAGAAAAGAAAGUUCUCUUGUAAAGUAGUCCAAUAGCCUUCUUAAGCAGGAUUGGUUUCAUUUAGAUAGUUUCAAAGCCAACAAAGCAUGUCAAUUUUAAUGCCACCUUUACUUGGUGGUUAAGAUGGUGUCAUUUGUAAAAAGUGUAGCCUAAAUUACCCCAUACCUCUGUAGAGGUGACUUGUUAGUAACAUCAAAAGUCAGACUGCUUCAGGUGACAAGUGAGAAAGGAAAGAGGUUGAGGGUUUUUCCCCUCUCUGUUUAAGAAGCUCUGAAUGACUGAAAUUACUAUAAAAGUAGGUUUUGGUCUCCCCUUUCACCUACCUCUCACACCCAGUGAAUGCCACCAAUUUCAAGAAACUAAAACAUGGCCUAUUAUUUUGUAUCAAGUUCAAUAAAAAAUAUCUGUGAAAUCUGUAAGCCAUAAUUCAGCUACCAGUAAAGUUGGUUUUCAGAAUAUGUUCUACCAUGAAUUAGCCAAAGGACUUUUUGUUCAGUGCACUCCAUGUUUAAGCAUAAGGAUGCUUUGUGCCUAAUGUGGAGGGAGAAGGAAUACUAUGAUAGUAUUGUUGUUAUUUCAGGUCUGUUUCAGUAUAAACUACUGGCUUAUUAAUAUCUUAAAAUGCUUAAUUUUAAUAUUUUUUUAAUUGAGAGAAUCAAUGGAUUAUUAGGACAAUUGAAGUAUUCCUGAUAUGGAACAAAGGAAGUGGAAACCGGUACUUUGCGGAGGAAGCAAAAUUUGUUGGACUAAAGUGGGCAUGUUUUGUUUUAAGAAUGCUACCUAAAUGUUACUCUGUCCACAGAGAAACUAGUAUUACUUAAAGAUGUGAACGUUCCUGUGGUAGCCAUACCUUGAAGCACAGUAUUGUAUAUAAGUAAAUAUCUUGAUUCUAAAUUAAAUCCAGAUUUAACUAAUAUAUAUUAUUUUAUAUCUUUGUUGUAUUAAAAUGUUUAAAAACACUAAAAAUAAAACAUUUGAAGUUGGA